AUAUUAUGACAGAAGUGCGCAGCUGUGAACGCUGUCAAAAUUAAACGCUUUGACAACUUCCAUUCAUGCGCUUUCGUACUGCGAGAGUGAUUGCAUAGGUUACAUCUAUCUUCAACGCAAACAUCGAAGCGGGUAUGGCGGCGACACAAAUUACAAUCGAUCAGCUAGAUAAAGAUCAAAUAAAGUCGUUUUCCGACUUUUUACUCUCCUACAACAAACUGUCCGAGCUCUGCUUCAUCGAUUGCGUGAAUGAGUUUACCGGACGAACAGUCAGCGAUAAGGAGGACAAGUGUGCCCUGAACUGCAUGGAAAAGUUUCUCAAGAUGAACCAACGCAUAUCCCAGCGGUUUCAAGAGUUCCAGAUGCUAGCGAACGAAAACGCAAUUGCAGCGGCACAAAAGCUAAGCGGCAAAUAAUAUUCCAUCACCUAUCAUGGUGAUGCAUUUAGCUUUAUUAUUUGGUUGAAUAAAUGGUUCCCCCAGUGCAGGUGUGAUCCUCACCGUUGGAUAUAUAGGUUAAUUUUAACCUAGUAGUGUUA